AUGUUGGAGGAGGAGGGCAUGGCGGAUGCGAUCUUGACUAGGAAGAAGACAAUGCUGAAGCAGAGGAAGUACGGACUGAAGCCCAACCAAGAAGCAAGCAGGCCAGGAUCCGCUUCCGCUUAUGGCAUUGACGACCACAUGAACGAACGAAAAGAUCCCAACGAGGGGAAGACGAGAAAGAAGCUUGGUGAUUGGAUGAAAUCAAACAAACCCGCUGUAGUUGGCUGUCGUGCUCCGUCUCUUCGCCUGACGCGCUUUGAUACGCAGACCCUGAACUCAGACAACAACGAUGCUCAAAGUGUUGAUAGUGUCAUCAGUCUGCGCCAAGACGAGAUGAGAAGAAUAAACGCGAAGCAGACCAAGGAGACGGUUUUCACCUCAGACAUGGGAGAGAUGGGUCAUCUUCACUUCAGGGUGCAUGGGCUGGUGAACUUGGACGACAAGUCGCAUCAAGAGACGGGUCGAGUUCUUCUCUCCGCUGAGAUGGUCACGGCUGAGUACAGCAGAAAGAAGUCCAUCCUGACCAAAGGGGACAUCAAGAAGGCGGGAGCAUGGGGGGAGGGGUUGUACUUCCGCGUAUUUCAAGCAGACAAGGAAGUACAGUUCGAGCUGAAGGCGUCGAGAGUUGAAUCCAAUGAUGAUGAGAAAUGGCUGAGUGAGAACAACGUGGACAUCGGGAUAUGCAGGAUCGUCAUUGUUCCUGCCCUGGACUUCUGCCCGAAAGCAGAGUGGCAAGCGAUGAAGGAUAAGAUGGGAAAUUCCAACAACUACAGGCUGUCGCUUUCCUGGAAAUACUCGGCGAAGUUGAAUAGAGUGGGCUCGUCGAUCUUACCUGCCUACGUCCUUCAAAGAUCGAUUCAAGACAUGAAAUCUCCUCUUAUGAGAAGGACCAGCAGCCCUUCCUUUACUUCCAGCAUGACGAGCAGUGUCCGGUCUGGCGGGUUUCCAAGGCGCCUCGGCACGAAACUAGUUUAUGACGGGAGUUUCAAGCCAGACCUGCCGAGAUGUCUCAGCAACGAAGAGCUGUUGGAGAAGAUCUGCUCGAGAAGAGCUAGCAACAGGGAGAAGGACGAGAAGGACGAGCUGGUCCUUCUCAACAGAUACUUCCUGCUGUUUCGGGACGUAGCGAACGAGUGCCGGUGGAAUCGUUAUCUCAGCCGCAACCCAGCCAAGAACUGGUGGGAAGAAAGUCAGAGCAACAUCUUUGACUUUGAGCAUCUCAAAGUGCUGCAGCUGGAGAAGAAGAUAGAGAAUCAUUCUCCCAUCGACCUCUCCUCCGAGCUCAUGAUCCAUUCCGCCAACAGGGUUCAGAGGCACUUCAGAGGUCAUCGCGGGAGGGUGCACUACCUGGCCCUGAGGAUUCGCCAGCUGUUGAAGACGAGCGAGGAGGUGCGGCAGCUCGUUCACAGGGCCAUGAUCGAGUAUUCUGAGCAAGCUGCUGCCAUUGCUGAGGACGCAGAAAAUGUCAAGGGUCAGCUGGACGAGCUGUCAGCUGAGAAAGACGACCUCAACUUGGAGAAGAAGGCGCUGAAGAAGCAGCUGGGGAGAAGCAAGACCUUGCAGGAUGAAGCCGAGCAGGAGUUUUCCAACGCGCAGAACAAUGUGUUGCAAGCAGUUGAGACUUUCUUGGACUUCGAGAAGAAGCGAGCCUACCAAGAGAUGUUGAUUUACGAGCUGUGCGAGUACUGCGACGCUCGCUUCGAGGUCAACCUGCACGACAAGACGAUGGACUUGUGCAGUCAGAAGACGCACCUGUCGGAAGUGAGCCUCAACGACGUCAUCAAGGAGAUCAACAACGAGAUGCGGGAGAUCUCGCAGGCGGAGCUCUCUGCGGGGAUAUUCCGAUCGAAGAUGGCGGGGGAGGAGGAGUCGCCUGACUUUGACUUUGACUUCAUUCAGAGCAGCCAGGAGGCGCAGGAGCACUUCGGGCGGAUGUUCUCCGAGUUCUCGAGGAUCAUCGAGGCUGAAGCCAACACGCUCUCCAACUUCAGGCAGCGACGGUCCUACGCCAAGACCUGCAAGGAAAACGUCAACGCCCUCCUCCGCGAGAUCGAAUCAACCAGGUGA